AUGAGCUGGUCUACCGUCUUUUACAUCUGGUCGGGCGUGACGGGUCUAUUGUUCCUGGGCGUGCUUGGUGUUGUGAUCCACGAUGUCAUCCUCUGGAAGCGAAUGCCUCCGGGCCCUCAGCCUCUACCGUUCAUUGGCAACAAAUUCGACAUUCCAGCCAAGUACCCGUGGAUUCAGUUCCAGGAAUGGUCGAGGAAGUACGGGCCAAUCUACACCCUGUGGUUCGGCCGACGUCCGACUGUGAUCAUUUCCGAUCCCAAUGUGGCUGUCGACUUGCUCGAGAAGCGCUCCCACAAGUACAGCUCACGCCCCCGUUUCGUCACCAUGGGCGAGAUCUUCUGGGACAUGAGCAGCAUCCUCGUGCAACCGUACGGCAAGGACUGGUCCGUGCGUCGGAAAGCCCUGCACAGCGUGCUCACUCAGAAAGCGCUGCAGCACUAUAAACCUGUCCAGGAGGCCGAAGCCGCACGUCUCUGUCACCAUCUCCUCGAGCAGCCGGAUGACCUGGACAAUCUUCUGAACCGCUUCACGGCUUCGAUCGUCUUCACCAUCGCCUACGGACACCGCAUCGACAGUAUGCAAUCACCUAUCAUACGCCAACGGAUGAAAAUCAUGCAUUGGAGUGCUUCCCUCAACGUCCCCGGUCGGUACCUCGUCGAGUCAUUGCCCUUCCUCAAACAUGUCCCCGACGCGUUGGCGCCGUGGAAGCGCGAGAUCAAAUCCUGGGGCAGGGAGGAACAGGAGGCAAACGCCCAAUUACUCGACUACGUCCGCGAGGAUAUCGAAAACGCAAAGAUGCCCGGUGCUCCGCCGCUCCCCAACAGUCUGGCGAAGCAGCUGCUGGAAAACCGCGCCGCAGACCCUUCGGCGUUCGCCCUGCUACGUGAGAGAGAUUUUGCCAGUUUGCCCGCCUCGGUGUUUGGGGCCGGCGCAGACACCACCUCGUCUACUCUUUCCUCCGCCAUUCUGGGCAUCAUAACCCACCAAGAAGUCCUCGCGGCUGCGCACGCCGAGCUCGAUGCGGUGAUCGGUCAAGACCGCCUGCCAGGCUACACGGACGAAGCCUCCCUGCCGUACAUCAGAGCCAUCGCCAAGGAGGCCCUUCGCUGGCGCCCAGUCGCCGUGCUGGGCGGGACACCGCACGCGAGCACCGAACCAGACAACUACAACGGGUAUUACAUCCCCAAAGGCACCAACAUCCUCGGGAACAGCUGGGCCAUCAACCGCAACGAGCAGUACUACCCGAACGCCGACCACUUCAACCCGCUGCGCUUCCUCGACGCCGAGGACCCCGCAUCGCUGGGCUACCUGCCCAAGGAGUACCUCGCGUCCACGCCACUGGAACGCGGCGCUCCCCACCCCUCAAAAUCCGGCCACUCGACGUUCGGCUGGGGUCGUCGCAUCUGCCCCGGCGCCGACCUGGCCUCGAACAACCUGUACAUCGCCCUGGCGUGUCUGCUGUGGUGCUUCGACAUCCGCCCGACGAAGGGCUACGUGUACGACACGUACGACUACACCGACGGCUUCAACAUCCGGCCCAACCCCUACAAGUGCGACAUCACCAUCCGGAGCGACCGCCACAGGGAGGUCCUGGAGCGACACUACCAAGAGGCCAAGGAAUAUCUUGUGACGCACUUCCCCUUGUUCAAGGAGCACGAGAUUGUGGUCUAG